AUGUCAUUCACGCGCAAGUUACACGCUAGUGACAAUGAACUGCCUAUGACAAUACAGAAUGACACGGACUACAAUAGCACCAUGGGACUUGGUGAAUCACCUACGUCCGCCAACGAAGCCAUGGCGCAGUGCCGUGGCGCGGACAGCAUGCCCUUGCACAAGACGUGCGGUUCCGACAAGGUGUGGUUCAAGUCGCAGCUUGGCUCGUACAACCAUUCCGCUUCGCGCAAGUUUUGUAAUGGUCAGCUUCCAGCCUUAUCACGAGUUCAAAUUCCCUGCUUCAAGGACCUGAUCCAAAGUGCUCUUUGGUUGUGGCGUAGACCAGUGGUUAUCUUCUGGACCCAAAAUGGUGAAUUGCUACAGUUCGACGGGGAAAGCUUCGGAAUCAUUACUCCGCCACCAGCUGCUAGACUUACCAAUGUUCUUCGUAUCUGCUUUGAAGAUGCACUGGCGAUAACGACUCAGCCAACAAGCCCACCUGCAGCGCAACCCACAACGCAACCCACAACUCAGCCUACAAGACCACCAACAUCCACAUCCCUUCCCACAACCCAAUCAACAACCGCAUCCGCAUCCCUGCCCGGUGGCACUCAAUCAACCGUAGCCCAACCAGCAACCAAACCCAAAACCCAGCCCACAACCAAACACGCAGCCCAACCCGCAGCAACCCCUCGAACAAAGCGGACCACAUCUCGACCUUUGACAGGUACAACGAAAGCAAUGGCAGGAACUUCGCAGACACAACGUCCAAACGCGGUCACACCUGGUGCCAUUACGUCAUCUCGUGCCCCAAGAGCAAUGCCGGCCAGUAUCGCCAAGCGGUCCUACACACAAAGGAUAACCUAUGGCAAUAGUAGCACGCUGGUGUGCGAUGCAACCGGCGACACCCCCAUGAACUUGGUCUGGUGGAAGGGUAACCACAAGCUGACGCAAGGCACCGGGCCGCACCUGUCGCUGGUGCUGCAAGGAGUGGAGGCGGAUGUUGGUCUAUACACAUGUACAGCCAGCAACAAAGCUGGCAGUGACUCCAUGACAGUGGGCAUUACAAUGGAAGUUCAAGAAAAUGGAAACACAGAGUCUUCUGGUUCAAACCUCUCCAAUUCAAUGCUGUGGCCAUAUAUGGUUUCGUGCUGCCACGGGUAA